ACUUUAAACAUUAAGUGGGAAAUCCCUAUAUAUACCUACAUAAAUGCUCUUUCCUAUUCAUCAACAUUAGCCCCAAGUGCUUACUCCUCUUCCUCCAGGAGAAUCAGCAUGAAGAUGAGUAAGAUUGCCCUAGCAAUUAUCUCUCUAGUAAGUCUAGCCACAGUGCACCACGCACAUGCCCAGGACUCCCCGCAAGACUUCCUCAAUGCUCACAAUGCUGCCCGUGCAUCGGUGGGCGUAGGGCCCAUGAGAUGGGACGAUAAAGUGGCUGCUUUUGCACGAAGCUACAUCAAUGGACUAAGGGACGGUUGCAGAAUGGUGCACUCCGGGGGUCCUUAUGGUGAAAACCUUGCAUGGGGCAGCCCUGACCUUGCCGGCACGGGUGCUGUGAAAAUGUGGGUGGAUGAGAGGGCAAACUAUGACUACAACUCGAAUUCCUGUGUUGGUGGGCAGUGCUUGCAUUACACUCAGGUAGUUUGGCGCAACUCGGUUCGUCUAGGAUGUGCUAAGGUGAGGUGCAAUAAUGGCGCCGGCACACUCAUCAGUUGCAACUAUGACCCCCCAGGCAACUAUAACGAUCAACGUCCUUUUGAAUUUAUAUCUAGCUCUUAGUAAAAUCUCCAAGCUACCAUGAGUACUGUUGAUGUGAUAUGAAUAAGCCUGUCAUUGACAGAUUGUAAUAAAAUAUUGGAGUUUUUUUUUUUUUUUAA